GUGUGCUCAGUUGCUAAAUCACGGAAGAGUGCGCGGUAUAGAGCUUCUUGGAAGAUCAGCCGGGACCUGUCAGAGUUUGGUUAAAAGAAUCCGAAAGAGAAGGAUUUCACGGGGCAGAUGGUGCUCCUGGUACCUCUCAUCAUUGUAUUAACGGGGAAGCUCAGCGAUGCCCGGAGUCACUCGCUGAGAUAUUUUCGCCUGGGCGUUUCAGAUCCUGGCCAUGGGAUCCCUGAGUUUAUUUCAGUUGGGUAUGUGGACUCUCAUCCUAUCACCACAUAUGACAGUGUCUCUCGGCGGAAGGAGCCACGGGCCCCCUGGAUGGCAGAGAACCUCGCGCCGGAUCACUGGGAGAGGUACACUCAGCUGCUGAGGGGCUGGCAGCAGACAUUCAAGAAGGAAUUGCAGCACCUGGAGAGCCUCUACAAUCACUCAGGGUUUCACACUUACCAGAGAAUGAUCGGCUGCGAGUUGCUGGAGGAUGGAAGCACCACAGGAUUUCUCCAAUAUGCGUAUGAUGGACAGGAUUUCAUUAUCUUCGACAAAGACACCCUCUCCUGGACGGCUCUAGAUAACAUAGCUUACAUCACCAAGAAGGCAUGGGAGGCCAAUCGGCAUAAGUUACAAUACGAAAAGAAUUGGCUGGAAGAAGAAUGUAUUGCCUGGUUAAAGAGAUUCCUGGAGUAUGGGAAAGAUACCCUACAAAGGACAGAGCCUCCACUGGUCAGAGUAAAUCGCAGAGAAACUUUUCCAGGGAUGACAACUCUUUUCUGCAGAGCUCAUGGCUUUUACCCCCCAGAAAUUUCCAUGAUCUGGAUGAAAAACGGGGAAGAAAUUGUCCAACAAGUGGAUUAUGGAGACAUUCUUCCCAGUGGGGAUGGGACCUAUCAGACGUGGGUAUCAGUUGAGCUGGAUGCUCAGAGCAGCGAACUUUACUCCUGUCAUAUAGAGCACUGUGGCCUCCACACGGUUCUUCAGGUCCCCCAGGAAUCAGAAACUAUCCCUCUGGUGAUGAAAGCUGUUGCUGGGUCCAUUGUCCUCGCCAUUGCCCUGACUGGAGUUGGCAUCCUUGUCUGGAGAAGAAGACCCCGAGAGCAAAGUGGAGUCAUCUACCUUCCUACACCACAUCAAUGACAGGAGAUAGCUCUUUUCCAGUUGUCUCUCCUCUAGGGACCGUGCUCUUCUCUGUCCCCUAUGGAUUCAAGUCCAGGGCUCAAAUCUCUUGACCAUACCCACAACAGACAUGGAUAUUAUAGGAUUGAAUAUUUAUGGCAGAAUAUUUGCCAGGAAGUUUUCUUUGUUCUUUGGCUCCAAAAGGACUGUCAGCUUUCAAGCUCUUUUGAUGGGCUCCUUUAUCAUAUUUGGCUCUAAAUAUAGCUUGUCCCAUGACACAAUACUUCUCUGCAAACCAUUUGUCAACAAUAGUUUACAAGUAUUUUAGAGAAUCUCAGAGCUGGAAGGAACCAUCGGAUCCGGAGCAGGAAAUGUCUUCCACAGAGCCUUUGACUUUUGCAUCCAGCCUCUACUUGAAUACCAUCAGUGGAGGGACACCUCACCAUAUCAUAAAAUGGCCUUCCUCCUUCAUCUUCUUUCAUGAGAAGGUUUACCAGGCAAGAGUUUCAACUAUUGUGGGUGCCAUGACUGUGUCCCUACAGACAGGGUUGGAUCACCCCCUGAGAGUAGCCAGCGAGUUUCUACAAGGACCUGUGAAUGACCGGAUCAUUUUACACAUUUCCUGGCCUGAGAGAAAGCAAAAAUGCCCCUGUUCUGAUGACAACUCUGCCUGGUAGCUUGGAAUCUUGAAAAUAUGCCUGGUUGGAUCUGU